AUGACCUGUGAGAAAGGAAACAUGUCACAUACACCAUCUUACAGUCCUGUUUUGGAUAGCUUAGAAAAUAUACGUGAGAAUUUGAUAGAAGACUCAAACCCAAUUACCAAUCCAUUUUACUAUGCUCAAGAUAGGCAUGGAUGGUACAAUGAAGUGGCGGCAAAAACGUGCGAGCAGAGCCGUCGCCAAAAAUCGGAGGAAGAAAUAAAAAAGAAAAAAGUCAAAUCAAAUUCUUUGCAAAAUACAUCAUUUAUCAUGCGAAAGGAAACGGGUGAUGUACUUCAUUUAAUAAAAAUUAUAAUACAUGAUUUAGAUGGUCGUAAUAUCGAUGAAAUAAAUACUGAAUCUGGAAAUGCAGCUGUGAACGUGCAAUAUCUAGUGACAAGUGCAUAUGAUGACAUCAUGGAUGAGACAGAACAUUUAGUUUGUAUAGUGGUAAAAAAACUAAGCAAAUAUAGUAUUUAA